ACCAUGGAGCCCAAGGUGACCUGCGUCCUGGUCAUGGUCUUUGCUCUGGCCCUCAGCAGCCUGGCUCAGGGCGAGGCUGAGACGUGUCAGAUGGAACCCCAUCGAAGGGUAAAUUGUGGUCACCCCAGUAUCACGUCUACGGAGUGCAAAAGUAAAGGCUGCUGCUUUGAUAACAACAUUUCUGGAGUCCCCUGGUGCUUCCAUCCUGUGGCCGCUGAUGAACCUUUAGAAGCCCCAUAA